CACAUCAACAAUAGUUUAUGCAACAUAAACUGCUCGGCUACAUACAUUUUAAGCAUCUUUUACAGACGAGGACAAAUAUCAUUGGUAUCUAUCUUUCUUUUAAUAUUGGUUUUGGCAAAUAGGUUGAAAUCUCAACAUUACUUUUCUAUUUUAUUUUGUUCUUUCCCUCUUCCUUUAUCUUGCUUUAGCUGUUCCUCUUCUUUUUCUUUUUGUUUUAUUGUGAAAACUACAACAACUGAUUAGUCCCUCCAUCUCCUAUUGUCUCCUUCGUAAGACAAUCUACAAAAGCAAAACAAAAAAAAAAGCUGAAGCUGCCAUUUUUGACUUGAGGAAUCUUCAUUUUUCUUCCUUUAUUUUGAUUUCAAAUCUUCUUCAUUCUGCAUUCUUUAAUACCUUUUUUUUCAAAUCUUCAAGGUCUCUUUAUUCUUUUCCCGAGGCUUUGCCUCUUGAAUGAUAUCAAACUAAGGUAUCUUUAUAGAGAGAGCUAGGUGUGUGUAAGAGAGAGAGAUAGAGAGGUUAUGGCUAUUGACGUUUGUUGUUCGGAGGCUUCUGGUUCUGGAAUCAGUCCAAGAAUCUCAUUCUCCUACGAUCUAGACUCAACGGACGACGGUGAAGUCAGAUUAGACUCAACACUUCUUGAUUCAGGUUCGGAGUUCGAUUUCUGCUUUGGCUCAAGUUGUUCUAUUCAAGAAGUGUCUCCGGCUGAUGAACUCUUCUCCGAAGGCAAGAUUCUUCCCGUACAGAUCAAGAAAGACGAAUCUUUUCCCCAGACAGUAACCUUUCGGGUUCAAAGAUCAGUUUCACUCUCAUCAUCAUCAUCAUCUUCUUCUUCCUCCUCUUCUUCCUCAUCCAGAGCACCAGAAAAGAAGAUGAGACUCAAAGAGCUUCUAUUGAAUCCUGAAUCUGAUUUCGAAGACAAGCCAAGAGGACUAUUCUUACAGUUCAAGAGAAGCAUAAGUCUUAACUACGACAAGAGCCGAAACAGCAAAGGGCUAAUCAGAUCGCUUCAUUUCCUCUCACGGAGCAACUCCACUCCAAACCCUAAUCUUAACUUGCUCUCCAAGGAAACUCAUCAACCUCACAAGACUCACAAUCUUCCUAAACACAAGUCUUCCUUAAGAAGAUCAUCUUCACUCUCUUCAUCAGUCCCUUAUCACUCGAAGCCACUCGGAAGAAAGAGUUUCGGAAACGGAAACGGUGGAAUUCGAGUCAGUCCGGUCCUGAAUUUCCCACCGCCGGCGUUUAUCUCAAACGUUGCCGACGGAUUUUUCAGCAUUGGAUCUCUCUGUAAUGGUAAGACAAACACAAAGACAAAAUUGUGAAAAACAUCUUUUGUUUUUUUUUGUGGCCGGAGAGGGAAAAAAAUUCAAACAGGAAAUGUCUUAUUUUUUUAUUUUUGUUACUGUUUGUAUAAUGAUGGAAUAUAAAUAUCGACAGCGCAUGUGAAGAUUAGACAGCAUGUGGGUUUUGUCUGUAAUUUCAAAAACCAAAAAACAAGAAUAAUUCACAAACUAGGCCGUAGCAAAAGAUCAUAGGAACGCUUCGUUGAUUGGAUCUUUGUGAUAAGAUUAUUAGCAGUUUGGAUUAGAGUAAUAUAUAGUAUCAACAUGUAAAUAGAUUUAUAAAAAUAGAUAUUUGUGAA